CGGCGGCGAACAAAGAGGCGGCGGGCGCGGGCGGCCGAGCGGAGCCGAGCGCAGCCGAGCCGGGCCGAGCCGGGCCGAGCCGGGCCGGGCCAGGCCCAGGAGCGCGCGGGCGAUGCGGGCGACCAAGCCGGGGUCGGCGGGUGCCUAAGCCCGCGCCAGCAGCGAGGGAGCCCGCGCGGCGCCGCCUGCCGAGGCGCCGUGCCGCCAUGGCCGGGGUCAGCUACGCGGCACCCUGGUGGGUGAGCCUUUUGCACCGGCUGCCCCACUUCGACCUGCGGUGGGAGGCCACCAGCAGCCAGUUCCGGCCCACGGAUGCCGACUACCAGCAGGCACUGCUGCUGCUGGGGGCCGCCGCCCUGGCCUGCCUGGCCCUGGACCUCCUCUUCCUGCUCUUCUACUCCUUCUGGCUGUGCUGCCGGCGGCGCAAGAGUGACGAGCACCUGGAUGCCGACUGUUGCUGCACGGCCUGGUGUGUCAUCAUCGCCACGCUGGUCUGCAGUGCGGGCAUUGCAGUGGGAUUCUACGGCAACGGGGAGACCAGCGAUGGCGUCCAUCGAGCCACCUACUCGCUCCGCCACGCCAACCGCACAGUGGCGGGGGUCCAGGACCGUGUGUGGGACACAGCAGCAGCCCUGAACCGCACGGCAGAGCCCAGCCUGCAGAGCCUGGAGCGGCAGCUGGCUGGGAAGCCAGAGCCCCUGCGGGCUGUCCAGCGACUGCAGGGCCUGCUGGAGACACUGCUGGGCUACACUGCUGCCAUCCCCUUUUGGAGGAACCCAGGCGUGUCUCUGGAGGUGCUGGCUGAGCAGGUGGAUCUCUAUGACUGGUACAGGUGGCUGGGCUAUCUGGGCCUGCUGCUGCUCGAUGUCAUCAUCUGCCUCCUGGUGUUGGUGGGCCUCAUUCGCAGCUCCAAGGGCAUCCUGGUUGGGGUCUGCCUGUUGGGGGUACUGGCCCUGGUCAUCAGCUGGGGUGCGCUGGGCUUGGAGCUGGCCGUGUCUGUGGGCUCCAGUGACUUCUGUGUAGACCCCGACACCUAUGUGACCAAGAUGGUGGAGGAGCAUUCGGUGCUGAGUGGGGACAUCCUGCAUUACUACCUGGCCUGUUCGCCCCGUGCCACCAACCCUUUCCAGCAGAAGCUGUCAGGCAGCCACAAGGCUCUGGUGGAGAUGCAAGACGUUGUGUCUGAGCUCCUGAGAAACGUCCCACGGGACCACCCAGCCACCAAGGACCCCCUGCUCCGCAUCCAGGAGGUGCUCAACGGCACGGAGGUGAACCUGCAGCACCUCACUGCCCUGGUGGACUGUCGUAGCCUGCAUCUGGACUACGUGCAGGCGCUCACAGGCUUCUGCUAUGAUGGCGUCGAGGGCCUCAUCUACCUGGCCCUCUUCUCGUUUGUCACAGCCCUCAUGUUCAGCUCCAUUGUCUGCAGCGUCCCGCACACCUGGCAGCAGAAGAGAGGCCCCGAUGAGGAUGGGGAGGAGGAGGCUGCCCCAGGGCCACGGCAGGCACACGACAGCCUCUACCGCGUGCACAUGCCCAGCUUGUACAGCUGUGGCAGCAGCUAUGGCAGUGAGACCAGCAUCCCGGCUGCAGCCCACACUGUCAGCAACGCCCCGGUCACUGAGUACAUGAGCCAGAAUGCCAAUUUCCAGAACCCCCGCUGUGAGAACACCCCCCUCAUUGGGCGCGAGUCCCCACCGCCCUCACGCUAUCUGGCUGCCCUGGACUCUGGCAGCCACGCGGGCUGGCAGUUUAAGCCCAUGGACAGUGCCCGAACGCUGUGGUAGCUGUGCCCUCAGAGUGACAGUACACCUCCAGCAUGAGAGCCAAAUACCUCGCCACGAGCCAGCCUCGCCCUGACUCCAGCGGCAGCGGGCACUAGACUGCACACCGGUCAGCCACCUGCCCCACGUGCCAAUCGUCCCACCCCUCCUGUGCCAGCACUGCUGCUUCCACCUGUGGCCGCCCACCGGACCCUCUGCAUGCCACUCCAGGCCAGCCCGGGCGCAUCUGCAGCCCCUCACCUUCCCUCUCCCUUCCCCACAGGGGGCACAGAGGUGCCCGGCACGAGCUGUGGGUCAGGUUGAAAAGUGAGGGCCAUGGCCCACACCCUGACUGGGGACACGCACCUGGACGGCCGUCACCACCACCCUGGCCCUGCCUGGCCACCACUCCCGCAUCCUUCUGCCUUCUUGGAUUCACUGAGCCCUGGUGCUUCUGUCCCCACACCCUCCCUCUGCAGGUGGCCCUCCAGACUGUCCGCUGCCUGGCCCUCAAGUGCUGGCCUCCCUGGGGCCUCCCCUGCUUCUGCCCUCAUGCUUCUGUGGACCACGUCUUAGUUCACAGGCACAACAGGAGCUCUCUGCCUGGCACCGCUGGCCACAGGGACAGGUGAUCUUCGCAAGCAGGCCCUCCCGUGGCCCUCUGUGCACCUCUGCAGCGUCUGUGGCGCCUGCCUUCUCACCCACGCAGCUCGCCUGCCCACCCCACCCCUCCCGCCAGCUGCCCAGAGCCUCUCGAGGGAGGCCCUUCCUCUGCCUCCUGCCCAGCCUCGCUUUCUCCCUCAGCGCCUACCCAGCUCUCCACAGACAGCAGGUGCCGUGCAGAGCCUGGGUCACUGGCCUCCAGUGCUGGCCACCCUCUUGGUGCCAAACCCCCUCCCCCGUCCCAAAGACUCGGCAGCUCCCUCUGGUUUGGGUUUUGCACUAACCACGUUCAUCAUCUCCAGGGCGGGCUGGGCGGCAGGCUGAGCGGCCCCCGCCGCCCCCUUUCCUCUCCUCAGUUCCACUUCCAUCCAGGACAGCACCGUGUCCCUGGGGCCCAGCCUCAGGGGCUGGACCUUAGCUGGCUGUGAAUGUGCCCAUGGUCCCUGCCUGCCCCUCCUGGGACUAACCACUAACCUCACUCCCAGCCUCCUUGGAUGCCCCGGCUGACCCAGAGCCAGCGAGCGUGACCCAAGCCUAUCCUGGGGCCAAGGGCCAGGACGGCUGGCUGGGAGCCAGGGCUGGAGGAGCCGUUUUCUCUGUGGGGUGCUGCUGGGGAUGGCCGAGACAACAGGCACCCCAAGGGCCUGAUGACCCCUCCCUGGGCGGGAGGAUAGUUCUUGGGGUCAGAUACCCCACCCACUUUGGGCUGAGGUCCCAGCGGCCUCGGUCUCCCUAUCUGUGAAGCGGGAACAAGGUUUCCCUGCGGUGCUUCUGGCUUUUCGUGUACGAUGUUUGCUGUGCUUCCGGUGUGGAGGGUGGGGCCUCCCCAGAUGGACUAGGAGGUUCUGCCCCUCCUGGCCCAGCCCAACCCAGCUGCCCCAGAUGGCGAGAUCCAGUGCAGGCUCUGGCCUGUGUGCCAAGGCCCAGGGCAGCCAGGAGGCUGCUGGACAGUGCAGGGGCCGUGGUUGGAGGCCCUGCAGUGGAGGCAGUUUACAGACCUCUGAUCCUGCGGGAGUGGAGAGCAGGGCAGCUGCCUCCUGCGGAAUGUCCUCGCCCCUCUGUGGGCGAGGGCCCACCACCUGCCCUUCCUCCCCAACCCUUCUUUGUGCUGGUGUCUGGGACCAAAAGUGGAGUGGGGCAGCAGAGUCAGUGGGCCUAGGGCCCCAAGCCUGGGCAUCUGAGCCCCCCAGGCAUGACCAAACCUCAGUGGAGGGGACUCUGUCUCUGGCCCCAUUCGGCCUCAUUCUGGGAUCCUGUGGGGCCACCGAGGUGUGGCCACAGCCAACCCACCCAGUCUUUCCUCUGGGCCUGACCGGCCGGGUCCAUAGGAAGGUGCUGCACCCCUGCCUGGGUGCCCACUGUGUGCUCUGGGGCCACUCGGAAGCACAAACGCAGCUGCGCGCUGCCCCGAGGCGAAUGUGCAUAGCAUGAGAGGCGGGCGCUGCCCGGACGUGGCUGUGAACCUGUGCUGUCUUGGGAUCCUGACCGUCGUGUGCGUGUGCCCGUCUGUGACUUCUCACCAAGGCUGAAGAAAGGGAAAGGGGCUCCCGCCCCAACUCAGCUGAGGGAGGGAGCGGCUCCUCUUUUGGUUUUAUUUUUGUUAUGAGUUUUUGGUGCCGCUUUCCUGACAACCCCCAUCCCAGCGAUCCCCACACCACCUGGGGCCCCAGGCCAGGACCUGCUGCCUGCUGGCUGCCACUCCCACCUGCCUCGGGUCCUGGAGCCUGUGGGGCUGGGAGGCCGCAGAGGGCUUGGCCACCAGCCAGGACCCAGUCCCUGGCCAGAGGAGCAGAAGAGUCCAGCUGGGACAGGAGACUUGCUGAUGGGACCCCUCGCAGGCCUCCAUGCCCUCCCCAUGGCUGAGCAAGGUUUGGGCAGUGGACACCCGGUUGGGAGCAGUCCCCGACCUUUGCCCUGGAGCCCACCCACCCCAUCGCACUAUGCAAUUCCACUUCCAAGCACCGUCGCUCCCCACCGGUCCCAGCUCGGGCGGCCCAGGAGGGUGUGGUCAGUUGGUAGCCCCAGGUGACCAGGGCCUUUAGUGUGGGAUCUUUUUUUGUGUGUUGAACCAUAAUGGUUGUGUACCAUAUCCCUUUAUAUUUGUUAUACUAUAAAUAUAUAUAUAAUUUUGUUAAGACUUACCUCUUGAUUUCUGCUCCUGCCCGCAUCUUGCCCCACCCGCCCGCCCGUGUGAACUAACAUCCAGCUGACCAGCCCUGCGCUUCCCCUCAGCCUCUGUAGGGCCAUGGCUGUGUGUACUGUCGCUGUGUUUUUGUUUUUUAAAACUGGGUUUGGGGUUUGAUUUUUAUUUCUUUGGGGACUUUAUUUUUCUGGCAAAUACUAAAAAUCUCGUCAAUGUAAUUUCUGUGGUUUCUAUUCAGCUUGGGUUUCAUGUUUUAAAAUAAACACAUUUUAAAAGACA